AUGAAGGCUAUCCGCCGAUCUCUCAAGAGUGACAAGGACACGAGGCAGCCACCAAGUCUCACCAUCACCCCCAAGACGAUCCAGGCGCUUCCUCCCAAGAAAGUGAUAAAAGCCUUAUACGACUACGAGCCCAAAAAUGGCAAUGCGCAAGAGUUGUCCUUCCACAAGGGCGACUUUUUUCACGUCCUGAGCCGCGAGGACGACACAGAGUGGUACGAGGCCUGCAACCCGCUCAUCCCCUCGGCGAGAGGGCUCGUGCCGGUGGCCUACUUUGAAGUCGUCGGGGAGAAGAUGGAUGGUCACGACUCGGGAUUUUCAGAGAAAGGCUCGACCAAUUCCGGCCACACAAGAUCCGAAUCAACUGCCACUACAAGACCGAGUCCAGGAGCACACCAGCGAGGGCCGAGUAUGACCGGAAGAAACGCGGGCGCCAUGGUCUAUGGUGUGGUGCAAUAUGAUUUUCAUGCGGAAAGGGCAGAUGAGCUGGACGCCAAAGCCGGCGAAGCAAUCAUUGUCGUGGCGCAGUCCAAUCCGGAAUGGUUCGUUGCGAAGCCGAUAGGACGGUUAGGAGGGCCAGGAUUGAUUCCGGUUUCGUUUGUCGAUAUUAAGGAUACAGCAACAAUGCAAUCGGUGGCCGACCCCCUUGAGGCUGUCCGGAAAGCAGGCGUCCCUCGAGUUGAAGAGUGGAAAAAGUUUGCAGCGGAAUACAAAAACAGCAGUAUCAGCCUAGGCAAAUUUGACAAUCCCCAGGCUCAAAUGUCAUCCGAGAUGGCUCGCAUGAGCAUUCAAAAUACCUCCUCGCAGCAAUCACUCCCCAACACAAACUAUAACGGUGCGAGAAUGUCGCAGCAGUCGAAUAUCCCUCUUGCGCCGAUCAGCGCUUCAGUGCCCCGUUAUUGUUUCGACAACGACAUGUACUGGUAUAUCAUCGAAUGUCAAAUGGAAGACGGUCGAUGGUGGGAGCUAUCACGAUACUACGCUGAUUUCUACGACUUUCAGAUUGCUUUAUUGGAGAUGUUCCCCGAAGAAGCCGGCAAUAAGGGCAAGCCUCGUACCCUCCCGUUUAUGCCUGGGCCGGUAGCACAUGUCACGGACGCAAUUUCCAACGGUCGACGCCAGAAUUUGGACGAAUAUAUCAAAAAGAUAGUGGCAAUGCCGCCUCACAUCUCCAAAAGCAUGCUUGUGAGAAAUCUAUUCAAGCCCAAACCGGGUCAAGAUUUUGAAAUAGACCCCAAUGCGCUAGGCGAGGAUUACCGACUAUCCGCGGGAUCGCAGCAAUCGAUGCAACCAGUCUCGCGGACGUCCUCUAACCAGCAAGCGCCCGGUAUGGCGUACGGAGGUAUGCCACCUCCCAGCGCACGAGCGUCCCAGCAACAUCGAGGCCCUGUACCCAUGUCCACUGGGACCGGCGUGGCCAUGGGAGGGCCCCCUUUCCUGCACUCCCAGGCCAGCAAUUUGACUCAAAAUUCCACCUCCUCAAGCAUGAAGGCUAGCAACGCCAACGCUGUUAUGAAGGUCAAGGUGUUCUUUCAGGAUGACAUUAUUGUCCUGCGCGUACCUCAGGACAUUAUAUUUGCUGCACUGCGGGAGAAGCUGAUGGAACGUCUAAAGGUCAAUGAAGAUAUUGUCAUACAAUAUAAGGACGAGCCAACGAACACUCUGAUUGACCUCGAGAACGAUGACAACCUCGACGUCGCGCUACAACGGAACCCAAAACUAACACUCUACGUCAAUUUUGCGGGCGCUUGA